GAUUCCAUCCGGUUUCCCUUUCUUUUUCCUUCACCACCGCGUGGCGCCGCCGCCGCCGAGCUCGUCGACCAUGGCGUCGCCGCCCAUCCCGGCGGCUCUCUGCCACCCGCAUCCCCGGGCCGCCGGUCCGCGUCUCCUCCUCCGAUCCUCGGGAGACCCCUGCCCGCGCUGUACCCUCCCGUUUAGGUUAGGAGGAGUGUCACUAAAAAAGGGACAUUCGUGCGCUGGUGCUGUAUCAGCUACGAGAAGUCCUGGUUUGGGCAGUGCAGAGAAUCUGCGUGAGAGUCCAAACUUGUCAAGGAGUUGGGGUGUGAACGGGCAGAUUGAUGGUGAUCAUGAUGUUCUUAUAGAAUGUAGGGAUGUGCACAAAUCCUUUGGUAACAAGAAGGUAUUGAAUGGCAUUAGCUUCAAGAUUAGACAUGGAGAAGCUGUUGGAAUAAUUGGUCCUUCGGGAACAGGAAAGUCAACUGUUUUGAAGGUUAUGGCUGGGCUACUGGCUCCAGACAAGGGUGAUGUUAUUAUUUGCGGGAAAAAACGUCAUGGGCUAGUUAGCGAUGAAGACAUAUCUGGUGUCCGAAUUGGCUUGGUGUUUCAAAGUGCAGCUUUGUUUGAUUCUCUCACAGUUCGUGAAAAUGUUGGAUUCCUUUUAUAUGAAAAUUCUAGCCUGCCUGAGGAGAGAAUAGCUACACUAGUGACAGAAACAUUGGGCGCAGUUGGCCUAAAAGGUGUUGAAGAUCGAAUGCCAUCUGAAUUGUCUGGUGGCAUGAAAAAGCGUGUAGCCCUAGCUCGUUCGAUAAUAUAUGAUGAUACAAAGGAAACAAUAGAGCCAGAGGUUCUUUUAUACGAUGAGCCUACUGCUGGACUUGACCCUAUUGCAUCCACUGUUGUUGAAGACCUUAUACGUUCCGUCCAUGUGACAGGGAAAGAUGCUCUUGGUAAGCCUGGAAAGAUAGCAUCGUAUGUGGUUGUCACUCAUCAGCAUAGCACAAUAAAGAGAGCUGUUGACAGGUUGUUAUUUCUCCAUGAGGGAAAGGUAGUAUGGGAAGGAAUGACACAAGAAUUCACUACAUCAACAAAUCCUAUUGUACAACAGUUUGCAUCUGGUAGCCUGGAUGGACCAAUACGAUACUUCUGAGGAUUAUAAUCCAAGUGUUCUGAAUACUCCCUGCUAUACCAACAUACACAUCCUGCCACAGGCCACAUCUACAAGAGGCAUCCCAAAGCAAUAGCCAAUAAGACAUGUGGCUUGUGUCUGGUUACCUUAGGCAAGCUGGAGGUAGACGGCAUAGUUUCUGCCUUGGGCAGGUCUGGAGGUAGACGGCAGUUUCUGCCUUGGCAUUAUUGGGCAACUAAUAGUUGUGUUGAUACAAAAGAAUAUAACCCUUGCGAUUUGUUGGACAUUAUCAAGUGGAAUAAACAGCCAGAAGAGCUUGUAAAAUGGAACGGUUCGUUGGUCGAGUUGUGUUGCCGUGUACGUGUCAUAGAUGAUAGAUCUGUAUUCAAUCAUUGAUAAAGGCUCUUCGAUAUAUAGAUCAUAUCUGCUAGCCAAAAUUGAUUGGUUGGAUGACUUGUAUCUGCAGGCCUGACUGCCAGUACCAUAACAUGGAAUAAAAAGAUGAGACAUUGAUCUUAUUGAA